CUCAUAUUCAGUUCAAUGCUUUCCUUCAAAAGAACGACGAGCAGCCGAUCAUUUGCUCGUUUGUCUCCACAGAACUCAGAAAUGAAAUCGAAAACUGGCUUCUUAUUUUUAUUUCCGCUAAUUUUGGCGCUGAGUGAACUCGUUUUCCAGUCCGAUUCAGCUCAACAACCUUUCCGGCGAGACCCCGGUCAUCCUCAGUGGCACCACGGAGCUUUUCACGAUGUCCGAGACAGUGUCCGAUCCGAUGUCCGCCGCAUGCUCCACACACGUGCCGAGGUUCCGCUUCAGGUACCGUUGGAAGUGAAUGUAGUAUUGAUUGGGUUUAGUGGCGAUGGUGGUUAUAGAUACUCCUUAGAUACUCACAAAUUGGAGGAGUUUCUUAAAGUUAGCUUUCUGACUCACAGACCGGCAUGUCAAGAGACAGGAGAUCCUCUUGAUAUUGAGCAUCACAUUGUCUAUAAUGUUUACCCUGCUGGACAGCCUGAAAUGAUAGCUAUUGAGAAGGCACUGAAAGAGGCAAUGGUUCGAUCUGGGACUGCUAGAGAGGCUGAGUUUGGACGAGAGGUGCCUGCAUUUGACGUAGAAGCGACAGCUGUGGAGCCAAUAUUUCGUAGGCUGUAUUCCUACAUAUUUGACAUGGAAAAUGGUGAAUUUUCUGCUGGAGAGAUGGAUAGACCUGUACCCAGUGCUAUAUUUAUUGUCAACUUUGAUAAGGUCAGAAUGGACCCUAGAAACAAAGAAAUUGAUCUCGACAGUCUAAUGUAUGGAAAAAUUUCCCAGCUGACUGACGAGGACUUGAAAAAACAAGAUGGAGAUUAUAUUUAUCGUUAUCGGUACAAUGGAGGUGCAGCAUCUCAAGUUUGGCUUGGCUCUGGCAGAUUUGUUGUGAUCGACCUCUCAGCAGGCCCUUGCACAUAUGGAAAAAUCGAAACCGAAGAGGGGAGUGUAAGUCAUAGAACAUUGCCACGAAUUCGGAACAUGAUGUUCUCAAGAGGUUGGGGUGGUGCAUUCGGUGAUAAGACCAGCCAUGAUAUUUUUGUUGGACAACUUGCCAGCUUGAUAUCAACCACUAUUGAGCAUGUAAUUGCUCCAGAUGUUCGGUUUGAGACUGUUGAUAUGACAACAAGGUUGCUUAUACCAAUCAUCGUCCUCCAAAACCAUAAUCGGUAUAAUAUUAUGGAAAAGGGCCAUAAUUACUCCAUAGAUGUUGAAGCAAUAGAAAGAGAGGUGAAGAAACUUGUUCAUGAAGGGCAAGAAGUAGUGAUAGUUGGGGGCUCACAUGGAUUGCAUCGUCAUGAGAAGCUGGCUAUUGCUGUGUCUAAAGCUAUGCGUGGCCAUUCUGUGCAAGAAACAAGAAAGGAUGGGCGUUUCCAUGUUCAAACAAAGACAUAUUUAGAUGGUGCCAUGCUUAAAGAAGAGAUGGAGAGGUCUGCUGAUGUGUUAGCUGCUGGUUUACUUGAAGUGGCGGACCCAUCCCUUUCGAGUAAAUUUUUCCUUCGCCAGCACUGGAUGGAUCAUCCAGAUGAUUUAGGUGAUUCGAUUCUGAAGCAUAAACCCCUCUGGGCUACUUAUGGUUCCAAACUGGGCAAGGAUAAGAAGAAAAAGAAAAUACCAAAGAAAGAAGGGAAUCUGUACCGAACUUAUGGGACAAGAGUUGUUCCUGUCUUUGUGCUUUCAUUAGCUGAUGUGGAUCCACACCUUAUGAUGGAGGAUGAAAGCCUUGUCUGGACAAGUAAAGAUGUUGUCAUAGUACUUGAGCAUCAAAAUGAAAAGAUACCGCUGAGUUAUGUGUCUGAAACUGAGAGAAGGCAUGCCUUUCCAUCACAGGCACAGCGCCAUAUAUUAGCAGGGUGUGCUUCUGCUGUGGGUGGACUGAGUGCUCCAUAUGAAAAGGCUUCUCAUGUACAUGAAAGGCCAGUUGUGGAUUGGCUCUGGGCGACAGGUUGUCAUCCGUUUGGACCAUUUGCUAAUACUUCUCAGAUCAGUGAAAUACUCAAGGAUGUAGCAUUGAGGAACACAAUUUAUGCUCGUGUGGAUUCAGCACUUAGAAGAAUUCGAGAUACAUCAGAGGCUGUUCAAACGUUUGCCUCAGAAUAUUUGAAAACCCCGCUUGGUGAGCCUGUAAAGGGCAAAAAGAACAAAUCCACCACUGAACUAUGGUUGGAGAAGUUUUACAAGAAGACAACUAACCUGCCUGAACCUUAUCCACAUGAAUUAGUUGAUCGGUUGGAGAAGUACUUAGAUACCCUCGAGGAACAGCUUGUUGAUCUGUCUUCCUUGUUAUAUGACCACCGGCUACAAGAGGCACAUUUAAAUAGUUCAGAAAUCCUUCAGAGUUCCAUGUUCACCGAGCAGUAUGUAGAACGUGUAUUGGUCGGUGAGAAGGAGAAAAUGAGGUGCUGUGCUAUUGAGUACAAAUACCCAGUUCAGUCUUCCCAAACUUUAAUCUACGGGGGAAUUCUUAUGGCUGGAUUUAUCGUAUAUUUUCUUGUCAUUUUCUUCUCCUCCCCAGUUCGUUGAUGUCAAAUCCAAAUAGCCAAGGAGGAAUUGCUUAGCCUAGUGAGAUUGUUGUGAUUAUGGCCUCUUGAUUGCAUGUUCUAACAUGUUGUGUCCAUAAUCUACAUGUAGUUGAAGAUUCAAAAUUUUGUAACAUAAAAUGGUAUAGAAUUUACAAACAAAAGUUUUCGACCAAUCUUGCAGAAUAUUUUUAGGCUCGUCAAAAGCAAAAGAAAUUCAGGUUUGUUCUCUAA